AUGACGGUUCUUGAUUACGUGUUUUAUUUUUUGGAUAUCAAAAGCUUUCUAGUGGACGGUAUCCUAAUCAGGGUGUUCAAGAAUAAUGAGGCUCAUGGUGUGGCUUACCCGAAGAGCCAGCCGAUGAAGAUCUACUCGAGUCUAUGCGAAGCUGAUUAUUGGGCAACUCAGGCGGGUCGAGUCAAGACUGAUUGGACUAACGCUCCAUUCAGCGCUUCUUACAGGAGUUUCAAUGAUGUGGACUGCUGUAGUUGGACUUCAGUAUGGAAUUGGGUUACGUACGAUGCGAAUAGCAACUCGUGGAUGUGGACAACACUUAACUCCAAUCAGCUCGGACAGAUGAAGUGUGUACAAGAUGACUACAUGAUCUAUAACUAUUGUGAUGAUUUCAAGAGCUUCCCUCAAGGUAAUCAGGAUAAUUAUGACUUAAUUUCGCACAGGAAGUAG